AUGGCCUCCUGGGUCCUCCUGCUCCUGGCCUCGGCGCUCCUGGGCUCCCCAGGUCUCCCCUUUUCUGGUGUGACCUCCGAGCACUCCGACCCAGCGAUGGCCCCCCUGAGGGACGGAGAUCAGCUCUUGCCGGUCCUGGCCCAGGGGGCCCCCCAGGCUGACCUGCUGACCACAUGGGAGCGGAAGGGCCUCACCUGCCGGCUGUGCCAGGCGAUAAUGCGGCAGCUGUUGGACAUGGUGGGGGAGCAGCCUGACGAGGACGCCAUCGCCAAGGCCGAGUCCCGCGUGUGCAGCUCGGUGAAGGGCGUCCUGAGGGGCCUGUGCAAGCGCAUCAUGAGGAAGUUCCUGAAGCGCGUCUCCGCCGACAUCCUGGCCGGCAAGGAGCCCCACGCCAUCUGCGAGGACCUCCGCAUGUGCAGGGCGCCGGCCGGGACACUUUGA